AUGGCUAUUGCGUCUUUCGAGCUGUUUACUUUUCACUUUUGUAAGGAGCCGAGCACUCUACGAAUUCCGGCAGAAGUGGUAUGGAAGAGUGUACAGGUAGGAAAUAGGCACAAGCUGUUUGAAAUUAGCGAAUUACAUUUUGAAAUUCUUUCUCAAUUGUACUGUGCGUGGCGUAAAGUGUGUUCACUUCAGUGAACCUGGGUGUUUCAGGGGUUACCAUUCCGUUGCCACCCUGAUUUCAGUUUCAAUUUAAGCUGUUUUAGUGAUUCUGAGGGGAAGAGGCAAUAAGUGAAUUGUCACCCUCAGAGUGUUAUCAGACAUGUAACUUUGCAGCGGUUUCCAUGCAACACAAUUUUUUUCAGCCUGCCUCGUUUUCUUUUUCUACCCUUUUUUUUCUAGGUGGUUAUGCAAUUUUCUUGGCGCCCUGUAGCCUCACCUUUACGGGGGCCAAUGAGCGGACUUUAUUAAUUUUUGAGAAUAUAGGACUUUAUCUAAUGAGAACUUCAUUGAGCGGCCACGCACAGUUGCCAGCCAAUUUAGUUAAUCUUAUGUAAACUUUGAUUUUAAGGCCCCCCGUGAGCGAGCUUCAAGAAACGCAGUAAUUUAAACCACCCUUACGACAGCUAGGAUGGCACGAGGAAAGACAUAAAUGUUUUCGAGAUGAGGAUUUUCCACCGUGAUGGCCAUGUUUUUAGCGUAGAAUUUCUCACGCUCGGAAUCUAACGCUUAUUACUUAAAAUUUUGGCAAAUGUGAUGUUUGAUGUCUAAAUCGGACCUUGCCGUAAGUCGAAUUUUAAUAAUGUAUGUAUUAGUUUUUUGAGUUGUCAUUUAUGGCGAGUAUUUGUUCCAUCGACAGUUGAACAGUGCAACCUACAGACUGAGAAGUGACUCCAGCACAGCUUGUCUCCAGAGGAAUGAUGUAGAUGAAGCAGAGGUAGAAUUUUUGCUUACGCUUUCUCGCUUUGCUCUGGUUAGCUUUUGCACUCGAUUACUGAUAUGUGCAUGUCAAGUCUAGAGCAGUGAGUGAUGAAAUGUUAAAAGUGUUGAUAUUACUCAGCAUGUAGCCAUUUUGUUCAGGAUUGCCAAUGGCAACCAGGUUUUUAAGGGUAUAUUUGUUUUGUUGCACAACUAAUAUUUGAGUAACCGUGAGAGCCCUUCUGCUUUUGUCGUUGUUUUUCAUGCUCAGCAGAUAGAUAGUAACAGCAUAGCGUACGUACGGCAAGUCGAGCACCUCCUCUCGCCAAAUAGCUAAGACACUUCGUCAAAUACAGCUGAGUGAAGCAAUGAAAUGGCAACAUGAGAUUAAAAUGACUAAUUUACUUGGAAUGAAGUGGGCCAAAACCUUGAUAUCACAAUUCUUUCCAUUCUGCAUUUGCAGGCAAAAUACUGCUAAAUCUGACUUGCUUUCAGUCAUCUCCUUGCAAUAUUCGUGAUAACAGGGAAGGUGCUUGUGCGAAGUCAGCUACAGAGCCGCUACAAGAUAUCACUGAAAACAGUGAAAAGGGCCAGGUGCUACGAUGUUGACUGGGUCUUGUUCCCGCCGACCGAAUCUGUCAUAUUUACUUGUGAAUUUUGUUCAUUGUAGCCCCGUAAAGUGUUUGGAUACUUUGCCCUUGGUGUUUUACUCGGGUUAUUGGUCGGAGGUCUGAUUGCGGCCAUUAUAGUGUUGGUUGUUGUAAAGUGCUGUGAUAAGGGGAAGAUGGCACCCUACUACAUGGUAAGUACCGUCUUUGCAGAAGCGCAGUAAUUCACGUUAUUUCCCUGAUUUUUAAUGAAAACUUUUUUAAAAAAUAUUGGAUGAGGGUUUUAAGAUAUUCAUAAUAAUCAAGAUCGAGGUAAUUGUUAUCAACCGAGCCAGAGGCCGAAGCUGAUUUCACUUAACGAGUUGCGUUGAUAGCUAUUCAGUUUGAAGUAACAUACGUUGAAACAAAACAAUCCCAACCCAGAGUAGCAAAUAAAUAUUAUUUCUCCUUCUUUUAGCGCUUUACUAACACAUCUUCAAUGACAGUAUUGACUGGAGGCUCUCAGUACAUUUAUCAUGGUGAAGAACUACCAGACAAAAAUCCAGUAGAAAAACACUCUGAGUCAAGGUCAGAUAUAGAGCGUUGUGUAUUGUUACCAGCUUACUAA